CAAGAUCUGUGGCACCGAGAUAUAAUCCUAUAUGCGCCUCCUUCUCUCUCUAGCUCUCUGCCGCACGCUCUCUCCGCCUCGGCUCGACGCCCGCGCCCAACCCCUCCGGUCGCUGCCUGGCCGCGCCUCCACCUCCGUCCGCCGCCAGCGCCUCCGGCUCCGCCCGCCCUCGGCGCCCGCCGCCGCCACGCACCCUCCUCCGUCCGCCCCCGCGCGAGCACCGGCGGCGAGGGCGGCCAGCGAGGGCGCCCCACUGCCCCGGCGCGGCCGCGGGCCAGCAGGCCUCCGGCCCCUGCUCCUCCGGCGCUCCGCGACAGAGCCGCAGCGUCCGUCACCAUCUUCCGGAGCACCAAGGAUAAUCCGGCACCGUCUCACGCUUCGUUACCAAACCUUGAAGCUGAUGUGGAUGUGGAAGAUGCGGUUGCGGUUCCUGAUGCUUAAUCCUGCACCAUGUAGGUAGCGCCGUCCGCGUGACCCAUGCACUUCAGGCACCGACGCUUUUGGUGGCAAGGGCAGGGUAAGACUAGGAGGUAGUGAAGGUUAGUUGAUGGUCUGUUUUGACGUUCUGUACUAGAUGGAUGUUGUGAACUAUUUGGAUUUCGCUUAUUUACUUUGUAUGGAUAUUAUGGACUAUGAAUUUUGCUUCUGACAUUUAUGUAUGGAUAUUGUGAUAUUUGGUGGUCA